CAAUGGCUCUGCUCACAGAUACAGACAUCACUGCUCUGCUGAAGAAAGCGGACCGAGAAGUCUACCAGACCAAAGUCGUUGUUCGUCGUCUUCCUCCUUCAUUGACGUCGGAUGAGUUAGUGGAGAGACUCUCCCCAUUGCCUGAACACGAUUAUUUGUAUCUGGCUAAAGCUGAUACGAGUUUGGGUCAGUUUGCGUUUUCGAGAGUCUAUAUUAACUUUAAACGUUUUGAAGACGUUAUUACGUUCCGAAAUCGCUUUGAUGGUUUUGUGUUUUUUGGUCAUGGAGGAAGAAAGUAUCCAGCUGUUGUUGAGUUUGCUCCUCUUCAAAAGAUCCCUCACACGAAGAAGAUUAAAGACCACAAAUGUGGCACAAUAGAAACUGACAAGGAUUAUAAGACUUUUCUAGCUUCACUAGAAGCUGAGACACCCAGCGUUCCAACUGCUGAAUCUCUUCUUGAACAAAUUGAGGCAAGACAACAACAAGCAGUUGAGUCGACACCAUUGGUGGAUUUUAUUCGGAGAAAGCACCACUCUGCAAAGUCGUCCUCUUCAAAAUACGCUUCUAGCGCUAAAUUCGAAACUUUGAAAUCAAAAAGAAGAAAAGACGACUCAGCAAAGGUGGAGAAGAAAACACAUAGUGAAACCAAGCCAGCAACCACCAAGAAAGAUGGUAAAGGGAAGUCGUCUGAUUAUAUUACAGGAGCCAAUGAGAGGCCAGUAUCAGCUAAACCAGUCAAAAAAGGUCCAAUAAAGCAGGACGAGAGAAGAGACAUAAAACAUGAGAAGGGUGUUGCACAAUCAGACUCAAAGAAAUCUCGUUGGCCAGAUAAGGAGCUCACCUCUCAGACAAAACCUAAGUCUGGUGGCUUUGCAACGCACGAGCAAGACUGGCCAACUUUAGGUCAAACAAAAUCCAAUGAGAUCGGCUCCCACACUCGACCUUCCAGUGCAAAGGAAGAAAACACUCGGAAGUCAGUAGACACGACUUCUAGUGCUCGUGUAAAGCAAGGAGAAGGACGAAAACCAAGAGGGCGUCCCAGUCAAGAAGUGUACGUUCCAAGAGCAGCCAGACUGGCUCAAGAGGGACGAUCAAAUGGAGAAGAGAGACCGAGUAAACCAUGGGGGCGAGGUCGAGGCGGGCAAGGGCAUCGACAAGGCGCACCGAAUGGUUGAAAGGUGUGACGACACUAACAGUUAGUUCAUGUUGAACUCUAUUGUAAUGAUUGGAUGGAUGAAAGAGUUAGGCAUCAUUAUCAGUCAUUUUAGAUACUCAAAUACCUCAUACACCUUUUUAUAAAAUGAUAACUAUAUGAGUGCUCUUUACGAAUGCUAUUGCUGUAGUUAGAAAUCUAGCUACCAUCAUGCUAUUGAAAGGUGUAGUACAAGAUUGUGUCAAAUACUCUUUGUUAACAUACAGUCAACC